AGAGGGCUUGUUUUUGAAAAUAUUGGCGCUCGUCGUGCUUGCUAUUGCGAUAGGCGAUAUUUUCGAUUUUUGCUUUAUAAAACGAGACUCUCAAUUCGUACCAGAGGACGACAGCGCUACGAUGAAAUAAAAGCUAGCUAUUACUCACAAAAGGAACACCUGUGUCACCAGAGGAACCACAAUGGCAAGUGACGUGUGCAGCCAUGUAAAGGUCGUUGUUCGAGUGAGGCCACCCAACGACAGUGAAAAAUGUGAAAACUGUCGAAAUGUGGUCCAGGUUGUGGAUAACCACAUGCUCAUCUUUGACCCCAAAGAAGAAGCAGCACCCUGUUUUGGGUCGCAAAGGGUGAAGAACAGAAACAUCAACAAAAAAGCUAACAAGGACCUUAAGUUUGUUUUUGAUCAUGUCUUUGGGGAAGACUCUACCCAAGUUGAUAUUUUUGAAAAUACAACCAAAGGAGUCUUGGAUGGUGUGAUGAACGGAUUCAACUGCACAGUCUUUGCCUAUGGUGCUACCAGUGCAGGCAAGACACAUACUAUGCUAGGGUCACAGAAUGACCCCGGGGUCAUGUAUCGCACCAUGAAAGAGCUGUUCAAACGCAUGGAUGAUGCCAAGGAGGAGAAGGAGUUUGCUGUUGCUUUUUCAUAUCUUGAGGUUUACAAUGAACAGAUCAGAGACUUGUUGGCUAAUGCAGGCCCUCUUGCAGUACGAGAGGAUGGUUCUAAAGGAGUGGUUGUUCAGGGCCUCACAUUGCAUCAGCCAAAAUCUGCAGAGCACAUUCUUGAUGCUUUAGAUGCCGGCAAUCGAAACAGGACGCAGCACCCUACUGAUAUGAAUGCCACCUCCUCCCGAUCCCAUGCUGUGUUUCAGAUAUAUUUAAGACAGCAGGACAAAACCGCCAGCCUCAAUCCCAACGUCUGUGUUGCCAAAAUGAGCCUGAUUGAUUUGGCAGGCUCUGAGAGAGCCAGUGCAACCAAUGCCAAAGGGGCACGGUUGCGGGAAGGUGCUAACAUUAAUCGCUCACUGCUUGCCCUAGGAAAUGUCAUCAAUGCUCUUGCAGACCCAAAGAGUAAGAAAGCUCAUAUACCAUACAGGGACAGCAAGCUGACGCGGAUCCUUAAAGACUCGCUGGGAGGCAACUGCAGGACUGUUAUGAUUGCCAAUAUUAGCCCCUCUUCUAAGUCAUAUGAUGAUACCCACAACACACUGAAAUACGCCAACAGGGCCAAGGAGAUUAAGUCCUCGCUGAAGAGUAAUGUUGUUAGCCUGGACAGCCACAUUGGCCAGUAUGCAGUCAUAUGUGAGAAGCAACGGCAAGAGAUUCUACAGCUGAAGCAGAAGCUAAAAGAGUAUGAAGAGAAGAACAUUGUGCCUGGGGUUGGUUCUAAUGGGAUCUCUACCCAAAAACAAGCAGAGUUUAAAAGGAUCUCGGAAUCUCUGCAGCAAAUCUUCUCAAGCCGGGCCCAAAUCAGGAGAGAACAGCUGGAUCUGGAGAGACAACUGAAGGAGAAUGAGCUGCGCCAGCGCUAUAGCGAGGAGGACAACCUGCAGGUCCAAUAUUUUUGUGCCAAGGAAAAGACUGAGAAGGCCACUUGCAAGCAUGAGCGCAAGCUUGCCAGCUUACGCGCCCAGAGGCAACACAUUUGCAAACGUUUGAAGGAGGCAGAAGCUAGUUUUCAGGACAAUGAUGGCUGGCUUCACCGUGUGGAAAACGAGAUGAAGUUGCUCAAGUCAAAUGGUCAGACCUGUGAAGUGUUGGAGAAGGAUCUGCAUCGGCACAGACUGGAACUGCAUUUAAAUGAUCUCAAACAACACAUCAAGCAAAUGAUGGAGCUCACCACGCUCCAGGAUCAGGAGAACAAGCGCAUGCAGAAAAUGGUGGACAUCUUGUUGCCAGCUUAUAGCCGGCAGUUCUCUGCCAUGCGUGGGGCUGGGCUCGUCACAGCAGCAGAUGAGAUGGAGAACCAUGAGGUGGAACACCUUGUGUUGAGGGAGAGAGGUGUGGUCUGGGCAGACCAGGAAGGGGUGGAGCAGCAGCUGAAAGGUGAAAGGGUUGGAAUGGAAUCACAGGAGAUCAAUCUUGGAGAAAAGGUUGUGCCCCGUGGUGAGCUGGCGCCUGUCCUGUCCUUCUCACAUUUGCUGUACCACCAGAGUAGCCCCUGCAGUGCAGAGAAACCCAGAACCAAAUCAUCGCUGUGCAAAUUUGCUUCAUCACCAGGAGGCAGAGGAAAGCACACCAAUGUGAAACAACAACCACUUCCCAGAAUGCCCAUACGGAGGAACCUGUCUGCGUCACUGCCACCACAAAGCCCCCAGACCAACGCUGAGACCCAAGUCUUUGAGGAGGGCCUGUUUCCAAUCCAGUACACGCCAGAACCUGCACAAAAAAACAUUCAGGCCGCGUCACUGAGCUCCUCCGCUGUGGAUCCCAACAUGACCUUUGAGGUUGUGGACGUCGACGAUCCAGUGACGAGUAAUGAGACCAUCAUAAUAAGCAGCGACACUCCAUGUCAAGCAUCAACAUCCAGAGACGUCCUAGUUCUCCAGCCACCCAAAGCGAACGAGGGGAACCAGAUCUCUCAUAAAAGACAACAGAUCCUAUCUCUACAAGAGUUGAGACGAGCCAACCCGACCUACAUGGACAUGACGUCUGCCGCACAAGGAAAACGGAAAUUCAACCGCAUCAAAGAAGAGUUAACGCACGGUGUCUCUGCACCAAAGCGUAUAAGGAAGGACCUCUCGGUGGGUCAGAAGCCACUCAGGGUGCUUCGGUUGGCUGGUUCAGAGGAGAACAGGCCCCAGAGAGUUGUGCGGAGCAUUUCUGAAGGAAAUCUCAGUCUCCUCAACCCUCAGAAAUCCAAGUCCAUCUUCUAUAAAACAUCCCAACAGUUCAAGAGAGUGACUAAGCGACUGUGACAUCCUCAGAUCACCUUCAUCAUCCUCUCUAGACUGUUUCAUCGUGCACUCCUUUCUCAUUUAUGUUUAAACUGUCACAUAUUUCCUAGACCACUUAAAGUUUUUAUGUAUUUUUCCAACAAGUUCUUUGAUGUAAGUUGCAUAAUUCUUUAUUCUUGUAAAUCCAACCUCUCCGAAGUAACAUUUUACUUGAAUGUAUAUAAACUCUGUAUAGUAAUUUGAGUAUAGUACAUAGCAGUGAGGACUGUUAUAGUGUAAAAUACUAAUUUGAUCAUGUCUGAUUCUACCCUCAUUUGUUGUGUUUAAAAACACUUGUUUGCGAUGACUGGAAGAAACGUGUAAAUGUUGUGUUGUAUGACUGGUCUGGUUGGCACCCACAGCAGCUGAAGGUAGCAACUGAAACUGUUUGACUUUGCAAAAAAGAAAAGGUUCUUUUUUGAUUUUAAGCUUUCUCUUGUUCAGGUAGAUUUUUCAUAAUAAAACUACUUCUAAACUG